UUAUAACUUAUAUCCAGCUUCCACAGCUUUGUCUCUGCGGUAUUCCUUUUCCCUCCGUGUUACCAUUCUCAAAUCUCAUCUGACAGAGGCAGAGAGAGUUAGGGUUAGGGUUAGGGUUUAGGUCAGUCGAGCUCAAUGGAAGAGAUCACAGAAGGAGUGAACGCCAUAAACCUGGCAGGAGACUCCCACAAGAAGAACCGGAUCCAAGUCUCCAACACCAAGAAACCUUUAUUCUUCUACGUCAAUCUCGCUAAGAGGUAUAUGCAACAGCAUAACGAGGUCGAGCUCUCCGCCCUUGGAAUGGCUAUUGCCACGGUUGUCACUAUAGCAGAAAUUCUGAAAAAUAAUGGACUGGCUGUUGAGAAGAGGAUCAUGACCUCAACUGUUGACAUUAAGGAUGACUCAAGGGGGCGACCGAUCCAAAAGGCAAAGAUUGAAAUAAUGCUCGGGAAGACAGAAAACUUCGAUGAAUUGAUGGCGGCUGCCGCUGAGGAGAGGGAAUCGAGGGAUGGUGUUGAUGGUGAUGAGCAAAGUUGAAGUGGGUUGUUUCUUAGUGUCUGGUUUGCUUUGCUUUUGUUGUUCUAGUUCUGGCAAAUGCACUUAAGGAGUCAAUUUUAUUUAUAAGAGAUUUGUAGGAAUCUAUUUGUGGUCCUAAUGAUUUUGUAACCACCAAAUUGUGUUAGUGUAGAAACCAAAUGUGUUUGUUAUUUAAAAAUUUCUUUUCUUA